AUGGCGUGUUCCGAGGCCGCGGCUUCCGCCGGCGCCGGAGGUUGGACGCGCAUCUGCCCUUGGUCUUGGGGUCGGGCUGGCGCCGAGGCCGCAGCAUUCAGGAUGAAUUUAAUUCAGCUUGUGCGUGAUCACUGGGUACAUAUACUUGUCCCUAUGGGAUUUGUCGUUGGAUGUUAUCUAGACAGAAAGAGUGAAGAAAAGCUAACUGCCUUCCGGAACAAGAGUUUGUUAUUUAAAAGAGAACUGAGACCCAAUGAAGAAGUCACCUGGAAGUGA